AUGGAAGAGCAGGGACCCAGGAGACCCAUUCAAAGGGAGAGACUGAAGUACAAAGGAAAGAAACCUCCUGCCGGCCAAGUUGGGACCAUCAGGGAUCUUUUGCCUCAGGCAGAUUUAUGUCAGAUUAAGCAGGAGCCAGAGGAGGGGCAGCUGCAGCAGCACUGGGAGACCCAGAAGCAGGAUUUCCUGAAGACGAUGCAGCCCCCUCGUUCAGGGUGGGAAACCCCACAGGCUCCCAGUCCUCCCCACUCUGGGGAUGGUGUCCUCUCCUUCAGGGGAGCUGCAGAUGCCACUCGGUGGCCCAGUGGGAGUGUAGGGGGAGCAGACCAGACCCUGCUCCCAGACACUGAGGGGCUUCUGGGAAAGGUAAGUGCCCUCCUCUCACCUGGGUUUCCAGCACCUGGAGGUCACAGGUCCACUGCCUCUCGACAUGGAGGUUCUGUUUAGCUAUGGUGGUGAAUAUUCCUCCUCCCUGCACUUUCUCUCUAAUCCACUUUUAAAAGGCUUGCUAGACCAAACUUUCUUACACAUGGGAGGUUUGCGAUCAUAUCUCCUGAUGUUGUUACUUUAAUAAAGCAACCACAGGGGACUCGGAAUUUCAUCAGAGCAGAAGCUACGUCAGAAGAGGGGUCCUUCCACCAACCCCCUUUUUCCUCCUCUAAAUUGCCUCCAUUUCCAAAAUGCUCUUUUCUCCCCACUGAGGUAGAAAUCUUGGCACGUCUUGCAGCCUCAGCACUGCCAUGUGCAGUGCAAAUAGAAUAACACUGGCCCAUCUUGCAAGGUUGUUGCAAGAUUUAUUAGUAUAAUGGCCAUGUUCAGAUGACUGAAUCACAGCCUGAAAAGCUGUGUUACAAAUAGGAACAGUUUUUAGUACAUUGCUGUACUAAUGUACAUUUGGUACAUUAUGAUAAAACCUAAGUUGACCCAAGUUCAAAACAAAAAACUCUAGCCGCCGCCACCACAGUCUCCUGGCCCCCACAAACAGAAUGCAUCACUCCAGGAAGGACCCCAACCCAACCUUUAGUGAGAGAGGGCAAAAGAAAAGGACUCUGCAUGGGUAGUUGCACAAAUUUACCAGCUGUGGUCCUGCACUGGCAGCAAGGCUAACAAACAGGGGAGCUGGGAAUCUGCUUGUCCCAUCUCUCCCUGCAUCUGCCUCAUGACCUAAUUGUCCCAGCUUACCUCAUGAUUUGGCCGGCCCUGAGGGUGAACUGUGAUGAAACCAGGCAGUCUCUUAUGAGCCAUAACUAACAAACGAUCCAUUUUGCCCAAACCAGGAAACUACGGCUGCCAGCUUUGGAAUAAGCUGGGAUAUUAAUCUAACUUCAAACUGUGCUUGGUCAAAACAGGAAACUCUGGUUGAUCAGUGGCUUCGUGGUUUGACUGAUCCCACUGAUAGCAGUAAAAAUAGGAAGCCCUGUUGCGUUCGAAGGGGUUGUUUGGACAGAGUCUCUGAUCAGCAUGCCUAGCAGGACAGGCUUAAAAAGGUAAAGGGACCCCUGACCAUUAGGUCCAGUCAUCACCAACUCUGGGGUUGCAGCGCUCAUCUCGCCUUAUUGGCCGAGGGAGCCGGUGUACACCUUCCGGGUCAUGUGGCCAGCAUGAGUAAGCAGCUUCUUGCGAACCAGAGCAGCGCACGGAAACGCCGUUUACCUUCCCGCCAGAGCGGGACCUAUUUAUCUACUUGCACUUUGACGUGCUUUCGGAUUGCUAGGUUGGCAGGAGCAGGGACCGAGCAACGGGAGCUCACCCUGUUGCAGGGAUGCGAACUGCCGACCUUCUGAUCAGCAAGUCCUAGGCUCUGUGGUUAACCCACAGUGCCACCCGCGUCCCAGGACAGGCUUAGGAAGCAAUUAUUAUUAUUAUUAUUAUUAUUAUUAUUAUUUGCAUCCUGGGUUGCCUCUGCCCAUCUGGGUAGCUUCCAACAAAAUAAAAACCAUCAAAAAUUUCCUUGUAAAAGGCUGCCUUCAGAAAUCUUCCAUUUUGUAGAAAUGGCCUUCGGUUUUAAAGAAUUGCCCUCUUUAAGGAAUCACGUGGUGUAAACAUGUAAUUUGUCCUCUAGGUCCAAACACACACAGACACACACACACACACACACAGUAGGAGCAAGCAGUUCUCUGAAGUGCUUAUCUUGUGAACUUGCCAUCUAAGUAGUUUACUCCUGACCAAAGUUCCUAUUUCCCAAAAGGAGAGGAGGGGGAGCAGUGGAGGAAACGGAUGGGUUUGAAGGCUCUUUCUGCCUCUCUCCCCUGAAGAACAAGAGCAAAGGGAUUUUGCAGGGCAGGAGGACAGCGGAGGCGGCAGCGAGGGCAGAGGGAGCAGUGGGCGGAUUCACGGCUUCUCCCAGGGGGUCCAGAUGCAAGCAAGAAGCUUCCUUCUUCUCCAUGCAAGGGCCACCCAUGUAUUCAGAGCAGUCCUUUGCAGAUUAACUCUUAAGUUCCAUGGGAUCUACUCUUAGGCCACUAAUGUGCAUACCAUGCCAGCCUUAGGAAGGGAGGUGGGACAGGCAGGUGAAAGAAAUUGCCAAAGGUGUUUGAAAAUGGGUGGAGGCUCUUGGGAAGGGGGUGCCUGCUUGUGAAUGAACUUUAUUAUUGUCACAGACCAGGAUUAAUAAAGCGUAUAGAUAAAAUAGCAGUUAGGAUUCUUUUAACCAAUAAUUGUUACAGCAAAUUAGGACAUGGAAACGCAUAGGAUAAAACAUCUAAAUAAAAUACAACAUUAAACACGGAUAAUGGAUGGAUAAAAAAACUGAUAAUUAAAACAGAUAAGAACUAAAAACAAACAAACACACACAGUAAAAACAACUGUAAGAGCAUAAGAACUAAAAGACUCGCAGUUAAAACAACUAUAAGAGACUGCAGAGUAGAAGCCUCUUAAAUAGAGGACACUCACAACAAUAGAAACUGCUGUGCAAAUAUGGUUAAAACAGAAAAUUAAAACAAUGUUCAACGCUAAAUUUAGAAACAAUGUACAACAAUAAACUGUCCCAGGGAGUUGUCUCAGAGUCACCCAUGGAACCGUGUUUGGGGCUUUUCAUGUCGGACUAUCUUGAGUUGGGCGAUGGUCUGCGCCUACAGAAAUGUACACAGAAUCUGGCGACCAUCCAGGUCAUCUUCUGAUCUUUGCCUAACAGCAAAAGGUCAAAUUUUUGCUUUUGCGGGAGGUCGGCUAGCCUCACCAGUAGGGGAUCCAUGCUCUUACUACGUGCCUCUUCAUAAAAGGGACAUUUAAAGAAUAAGUAUUCUGGGCUUCCUAUCUCUCCCAAUGGACAGGUGCAAAGUCUCUGAGCAUACGGGACCCUUCUAAAGGCUUCAUCCAGGACCGGCGAGGGAAGAGCCGAGCUUCUGGCGAGUGUAAAGGCCCUUCUUGCAUCCCUAGAUACAAGAAAGAAGAGAUAUGCUGCCGGUGCGGCUAUAUAUCUCUCGAUUUCUCCAAUUCUAUAGUCGGGGCACCUUGCACAGUCCUGCUGUCUCUCAGUGUCUAAUAUUCUUUGCCUGAACGUAGCUUUUGCCUGGCCCAAGCCCAGACUUAGAAGGGCUGGAGGGGCAAAACCCAGUUUCUGGAGGGUGUUCAGGACUGCAGUCUGCCAGCCCGACUGGAAUUGGUCACAGAGGAUCAAUGGGGCUAUCCCUCGGGGGAGCAGGUUCAAUGUCAGCCACUUGUAGAUUGAUAUUAGGCAGAUGCUAGCCUCCACUCUCAUCAUCCCCAUUUCCAAUCUAACCCAUGCGUUUGAGACACAUCUGGGGACUUGGAGGAGAGCUCUAAGAAGUCUAGAUUGAACUCUCUCAAGGGGGGAGAAAGCAGAGGAAGGUGGGCCCAAAAAGGAACCAUAGAGGUGUUGUGCCAAAGUUUUGGCCUUGUAUAAUUUUAGAGCUGCGGGAAUGAAGAAACCCCCUUGUGCUAUAAAGAAUUUAAGGAUACAAUUAGCGGUUUUUUCCGCUAGGGGGUGCCCAAUUGGGGCUUCUCCAGGGGCAGCAGAAUGUCUUGGGCAGGAGAAUCCCUGCAGGGGCUCUCAGACUCCCUUGGCUUCUUCUUCCCUCCCUCCCAGGAAGCUGCAACUUGCUCUGGAUUCUGCGCUCCUCAGGAAGCUGAACCUGCAAACCUAGCUGAGACUGAACCUGCAACCCUGGCCAGGAUGGAAGGAGGAAGAUGGACGGUUGACCUGGUCAGGCUCUCUCCCGCAUCCCUCCCCACAAACUCUGAGCAUUCCCUCCCAGGACCCUUGGAGAAAUCUGGUGAGUUCCAAUUGAGAGGAGAUGGGGACAGGGACAGAUGGAUGGUGGAGGGAGAAAGAGGAAAAGAUGGGGAGGAGACAAAUGGAAGGAAGUUCCUGACAGGAAGAAGGAAGGGGUGAGGCCUUCUGCAAAGCAGCUCUUUGUUUCUUGAAUCCUUUUCCUAAAGUAGUGGGGGCAGAUUUUCUUCCUCCAGGCUUUGAAAUCUUAGGUGUUAUUUCCACGGCAAGAAUAAUUGAUGAUAAUGAUGUUGCACACCAAUCCUGAAAAAUGGGUGAAGGGGAAUGGAAAUGCUGCCCAUAACUAUUUAUAAUUAAUGCAUUUAAAUUGUUUCUGUUUCUCAUAUUUUUUAUAGACAGGGUCAGAAUGAGACAUUCCACCAGCACCAAAACACAAUAGAUGCAUGCACCUUCCCAGUCUGGUGGGGUUCAGGGACAAAGGACCAGUUAUCAUGAUACACGAUUCCUGUGGCUGGAGGCUCUACAUUUAGUAUUGGGCAUAUAAAGUCAAAGAGCGGAUGGUAUUAUAAGCAAAUUGUGUAAAUUUGCCAAUCUUACAGACUGGGGUUGUGUGUGAGAGGGAGGGAGGGAGAGAGUGGGAUUAUAAUUUAUAGCGCCCCUGUGUAAUGGCUUGGUUCUCCCGCACAGACGCGAGACAACUCCAGUAGUAAUUAUCUCAGGUUUAUUCCUCAAACUCACAAAUCACUGUGGAGCUCAGUCUUCAGCCUGUUCAUCCCAGCUUGCAGUUGCCGAGUCCUCCAGCAAAGAAGCCCCCACUUUCGCUUUCUUUCCCCUCUUCUCGCAGAUUCUCUUGAGCCUACGAUUUUUUGGACACGCUAUUUCCAGGGUCUCUGUGUCAGAGCUCAAACCGGAGAUAACAGUCUGUGCCCCCCCCCCCCGGCACACCCUCUUCCUGCUCUUUGUUCUUUCCUCCUGCUGCAGCUUGGCUGCUCCUCCCCUGCUUCACAUUCCAACUGAAUCACAUCUCUUGCAUUCUCAGGCUCUGUCAGUGGAGGCACGAGAGGCUUGAGAUUCACAGAGCUGACACCCUGUAAUUUUGUCCGUUCCUAAGCUUCCAUGGAGAUACUGUGGUACAACCUAGGUGCAAAUUUCAACAUAAGUACACAAAGCCAACAAAGAGACUCAGAAGUUUAUAGUGGCACCAGCUUUCCUGGUCAAGAGUCCACUUUGUCAGACUGCAGCCCACACAAGCGUAGGCCAUAAUACAUUUAUCUGCCUUUAAGGGCUGCAAAAGAUGAAUCAACAGAAGCGUAGUUCAUCUAUGGAAUCUAUGCUACAGGAGACAGUGACGGCCAGCAACAUGGAUAGCUUGAAGAAAAGGAUAAGACUGACGUCUCUGCUCUGCCCUCGCGGUCCUAGGCAAUAAUCCUUCUUGAUACUAGUUUCUGGAAAGCACAGGAAGGCAGAGAAGACUCUUGUGCUCCAAUCCUGCUUGCCGGUUUCCCACAGGCAUCUGGUUGGCCUCUGUGAGAAGAGGAUGCUGGACUAGGUGGGCCUUUGCCUGAUCCAGAAGGCUCUUCUUAGGUUCCAACAUAGUGCAAUAUUUUUACAGUUACAUGUAGCACUUAAGUUUUAUUUAUUUCACAAGGGAAAUACUGUUACUUGAGCCUGAGAUCAUUUCUUCACUUCAGAAAGAAAAAAAUAGAUGUGUCUAAUUCCACCAUAGAUCUGUAUUAUAAAACGAUGGUGCUUUAUUAAGUUUGAAUGGAGUGAUCAUGUGUUGCUCUUGCCACUAUCUCAUCAGCUUUCGUAAAAUUUGGAACCUAGAGAGGAUAGUGGAGAAUGAAGGUGUUAAAAUGAGAGAAGGUACAGAUUGGGAUUGACAUGUGUUCAGUUCCCUUUUUGUCUUUCUUGAAAGUCUAACAGGAUUCUCUUUCCUCCCAGACUCCCAAACAGGUGAGGAAGAUGAAAGUCAGAAUUCUAUGGAGCCACAUGUGAAUUUAUGGGGGAAAACAAAGAAAUUGAGGAUACAACAAAAAAGUCACAAAGGAGAGAAACUAUUUGAAUGUACGGAAUGUGGAAAGAGCUUCAGUCAAAAUGAUACACUUAGAAGACACCAACGAACUCACACAGGGGAGAAACCAAUUAAAUGUAUUGAAUGUGGAAAGAGCUUCAGUCAAAGUGGAGCACUUAGAAGACACCAACAAACUCAUACAGGGGAGAAACUAUUUGAAUGUACGGCAUGUGGAAAGAGCUUCAGUCAAAGUGUAGCACUUAGAAUACACCAAAGAACUCACACAGGGGAGAAACCAUUUGAAUGUUUUGAGUGUGGAAAGAGCUUCAGUGAAAGUGGAGCACUUAGAAGACACCAACGAACUCAUACAGGGGAGAAACUAUUUGAAUGUACGGCAUGUGGAAAGAGCUUCAGUCAAAGUGUAGCACUUAGAAUACACCAACAAACUCACACAGGGGAGAAACCAUUUGAAUGUUUUGAGUGUGGAAAGAGCUUCAGUGUUAGUGGAUCACUUAGAAUACACCAACGAACUCACACAGGGGAGAAACCAUUUAGAUGUAUUGAAUGUGGAAAGAGCUUCAGUGAUAGGGGAUCACUUAGAAUACACCAACGAAUUCAUACAGGGGAGAAACCAUUUAAAUGUGUUGAAUGUGGAAAGAGCUUCAGUCGAAAUGAUACACUUAGAAAACACCAACAAACUCAUACAGGGGAGAAACAAUUUAAAUGUAUUGAAUGUGGAAAGAGCUUCAGUCGAUAUGAACACCUUAAAAUACAUCAACGAACUCACACAGGUGAGAAACCAUUUAGAUGUCCUGAAUGUGGAAAGAGCUUCAGUGAAAGUGGAAACCUUAGAAGACACCAACGAACUCACACAGGGGAGAAACCAUUUGAAUGUUUUGAGUGUAGAAAGAGCUUCAGUGAAAGUGGAGACCUUAGAAUAUGUAGAAGUAUUGAUUACGCGUGA